CUCGGCGCGGAGCUCGUUGCGAGUGUCGCCGCCGCCGCGCCGCGCGAUGCCGCAUCCAGCGAGGACGCGAGCGACGGCGACAACGAGCUUCCCACCGCCGACGCAAACGUGCACUCGUGGGACGACAAUGGCAGCGACGUCGAGGACGCAUGGCUCGGCACCGAGAUCCGUGCGGGCCGCUGCAAGGCGGGGAGCGUGUGCAGCGUCGAGGUGCGCGUCGAGGAACCCGACGUCGACGCCGGGGCCGAUCAUGCCUCCCUUGGUCGCGCACACGACGAGCCGCCGCACGCGCCGCGCACGACGGCGUUCGCGAGCCGCGACAGCUUCGCGCCGAGCAGCCUCAUGGCGACGCCCGAGGUGUGGGACGUGAGCGAGAUCGACGUCGGGCAGGUCUUCCUCCGCGCGGUCUCGUACCGGCUGCCCGUGCGCGUGGGCCCCGACGACGAGAUCCCCGGGAGCAUCAUGCACCCCGCCGUGCGUGACUGGCAGCUGGCGCCCGAGCUUGCCGCGCUGGAGAGGAGGACGGUGAAGCAGAUCGUCGUCGACAUCCUCGCGGACGUCUGA